AUGCUAUCAUUGGGGCCCUCGCCCACUAUAUUGCCCGUAUCCGUUGACAUUCGCGUUCAGCAGCUCCCUGGUGUUGUUCUGCACAUGCUUCUAGACACAGGAAGCACGAACUCAAGCCUUUUUCUGGACGCUAUCGAUAUUCUUGGCACUCAAGUAACCCUUAAGCUGUGGCCUGUUGUGCCUACAGAACAAAUUGAGCCAUUGUUUACUCUUCCUAUAUCUGCAAGUGGUAAAGUGGUAACAAAGUAUGGUACUUCUGUACGUCCCUACGUGCGCCUUGACGUCAGCUUGGUUAAUCAUAAUGCCCAAAUUCCUUCAAAAAAACUCCAAGUGUCUCUACAAACCGGUCGUUCCUUUGGCAAGUACAACGGAAUCCUGGGACUGGAUUAUAUGGCAGGUGUUCCCGAUCUCGUCUUAGAUUUGGUGGCUCCUUGUACUUCGGAAAGCGAUUUUAAGAUCCAAAGCAGGGUAUAA